GCUCAGGUGGAAGCAGCAAGACUGAGAAACUGGAAAGAAUCUCCCGGCAGCUUCCCAAUAGCUGCAUCAACAGUAAAUCGGACUUCUGAAUCAAGCAGCCCAGUCUCGUAGCUGAUCAGAAUGAAUGUACAUAAGAAGCAUCACCUUAUUCCUAUAACGAGAACUAUUUUCUGAUAAGUGAAACUCAGCAUGUCCAAGGAGGAAUAUCCCGUGGCUGUCAGAAAAGGACUUGCCUGAAUGAUGUGUUGCUGCACGAGAAAAUAACUUUGAGAAGAAUGCUUUCUAUUAAGCUGCUACAUUGUUUCUGAAGAAAAGGUUUUCAUUUCUAGUGCAUGCUAGUUCUUCAAAAGCUGUGACAACAAAGAGUGACAAGAGACUCCCCAAAUUGCCUAUACUUGGGGAAAAAGACUUUGGCAAAUGUUAACGGUACCAGAAUGACCUUGGAAGCCUUUCGGAUGGAUUCUGCCCUGCCACAAUCGCAGUAUGUCGAAGUCCAGGAUUUAAAUCCAUCUUGAUAUUUUGAGGUAUUUUAAAAACAAGACUAAUUUCCAAACUACCUGAUGGCCCUGCUUUAAUUGUGCUUUUGCUUAAAAUAGAAUACAGAAAUAGGCAAGGUAUUUUCUUAACAUAUGGCUGUUAAUAACUGUAAAUAUAAUAAACAAGCUAAUUUUCCACUUUCAAGUGUUUAGUUGAAGUAAUGAUUGAAUGUGUUAGUCAACUAGUGAAAAUAAGAAAAGUCUAAUAAAUUGGAAUAUGAAGCCUACUAGAAAGACUUGAGGACUAGGUAAGAGCAACAUCUCCAGUGAAAUGUGCUCAGUGUACAGGGAGGUUUCCAUUAUGGUCUAAAUUCAUCUAUAUUUAUGAGAUUGGGGCAUUGUUGCAAAUGUGAGGAAUUACUUCCAGAUGUACACUUCAUUAUACCUUUUUUAUAAGGAAAUAUCAUAUUAAAUAAUGAAAGUUAUUUUCAGAUAUAGAUGCUGAAGUUAAUACCAAAGAUUUUAUUUUAAAAUAGAAUAGAUAUAAAUUACAGUGCUGUUAGCAGCUACAGCAGCUGGGGUGGGCUAAAGGUGUUUUCAAAUGUUUAAAGAAUUCAUACAGAAUCAGGACUUCAGAAGUUUUCCCUAUUUUCUACUUUUAGGUGUUAUCACACUAUUUCAUUGUGUCAUGCAUUCCCCACUGGAAGUUACCUUUUAUUCUCAUAAGCAUUAUAUGGAAAUCUGGAGCCUGACUUUUGCUGUCACUGUACCUCAUUGUGUCCACACAAAUGAACCUUUGGGAAUUAGACUUGACAGAAUUGUUGUAAGAGAAAUGGCUCCUAAAGUUUUCCCAUCAGCAUCAGAUGUGAACCUCUGAGGCCAAGGACACACUGUCAUAAGAACUUUCUCUUGGCUUUUCAUCUAAAACUAGGAUCUUAAUUAUUUAAAUUAUAAAAUAUGAAUAGUUUUCAUUGCAGCUCAUCAUGGGAGGAGCAGGAGACCUCAGACAGUUUAGGAUUAUUUCCUUCAGUUUUUAUUCUAGUUGAUGUCUAAGAAACUUUCUCUUAAGAGGAACAUUUCUUCCCCUGAUUUUUUUUUACAAAUUUAAUUUUUCAUAGUACUAGCUGAUAAAUCUAUUUUCUGUAGAAGUGCCUGUAUCUGCAAACGUUGCUUGUAAGCACGGGAGGGAGCUAACCAGAGACCUCUUUUCACCUUUCUAGCUCAUUCUCCUCCCUUAUCCCACAAAUCUGAGAUGUGUCACUGGUGAACUAAGGCUGAUGAAGAGACCUGAGCACACUGGGGGAUGCUCAGCUAUAAUACAGGCACUGUGGGAUGCUCAGCUGUAAUACAGGCACUGGCACUUUCUACUGAAGCAGGUUCUGAGACACUGAUUUGCAGAGUUUAACAGAUGCUGGCCCGGGUACCUGCUUUUUGGAGCCAAAGCUGCAAAUUCCAUUAAUUUCAAGCCAUGAAUGAAUCCAGGUGGACUGAAUGGAGGAUCCUGAACAUGAGCAGUAGCGUUGUGAAUGUGUCCGAGCAUCACUCCUGCCCACUUGGAUUUGGUCACUACAGUGUGGAGGAUGUCUGCAUCUUUGAGACAGUUGUCAUUGUUUUGCUGACAUUUCUGAUCAUCUCUGGGAAUUUAACAGUCAUCUUUGUCUUUCACUGUGCUCCGCUGUUACAUCAUUAUACUACCAGCUACUUCAUACAGACGAUGGCAUAUGCUGACCUCCUCGUUGGAGUUACCUGCUUGGUUCCUACUCUGUCCCUUCUUCAUUACUCUACAGGUGUUCAUGAGUCAUUGACUUGCCAGGUGUUUGGAUAUAUUAUUUCAGUUCUAAAAAGCGUUUCUAUGGCAUGUCUUGCUUGCAUCAGUGUGGAUCGAUAUCUUGCAAUAACCAAGCCUCUUUCCUACAAUCAACUGGUCACUCCUUGUCGCCUGAGAAUUUGCAUUAUUAUGAUUUGGAUUUACUCCUGCCUAAUUUUCUUGCCUUCCUUUUUUGGCUGGGGCAAACCUGGUUACCAUGGUGACAUUUUUGAAUGGUGUGCCACAUCUUGGCUUACCAGUGCCUAUUUUACUUGCUUUAUUGUUUGUUUACUUUAUGCUCCUGCUGCCUUGGUUGUCUGCUUCACUUACUUUCACAUUUUCAAAAUUUGCCGGCAGCACACCAAAGAGAUAAAUGACCGGAGGGCCCGAUUCCCUAGCCAUGAAGUAGAUGCCUCUAGGGAAGCAGGACACAGCCCUGAUCGUCGCUACGCCAUGGUUUUAUUUAGGAUAACUAGCGUGUUUUACAUGCUAUGGCUUCCGUAUAUUAUUUACUUUCUUCUAGAAAGUUCUCGUGUCUUGGAAAAUCCAACACUGUCCUUCUUAACCACCUGGCUUGCUAUAAGCAAUAGUUUUUGUAACUGUGUAAUAUACAGCCUCUCCAACAGUGUUUUCCGCCUUGGCCUCCGAAGGCUUUCUGAAACGAUGUGCACAUCUUGUGUGUGUGUAAAAGAUCAGGAAGCACGAGAUCCCAAACCUAGGAGACGAGCAAAUUCCUGCUCCAUUUGAAGAGAAUUACAUAGUAAAUCAAAUGUAAUGUGACAGUGGUUUUGGAUUGUAUUCUUGAUUCAUUUGGAAAUUUGCCCUAGAGAAAUAUUUAUGUGAAUAGUUGACCAUGAAGUGAAGAAUUAAAUUAAAGAUCUUUUUUAUUUCCUUUGUGCAAGUCAAAAAAAUUGGGAAAGGGUGUUUGAAGAAUAAUCUCAUAAGAUAACUACAGCCUGUGAAUAUAUGUUCAGUGUUAGAUCCUCAUCACUGAUGAUAGAAGAGGAACUACAAAAUAGGAGCAAACCCCUUGGUAUCUCUCUUUCUGUGUCCUCUCUAUCCAUGUGUCUGUCUUCUAUCUAGUCUUUUUCUGUGUUCGUACUCCUUAUACUUGUGGGAGUUACUAUUUGUUAACUUCCCUUUAUGAGAAGUGCAAAUACAUAUAUGUGGCCAAAUGUCGCCUUGCCAUCAGAGCGUUGAGACAUGUCAGUCUAUAUAAGUUGUGUUGCCUUUAGAGAGGAUGCACAGUGUUAAAUUUUGUUGUUUGUCAUACAAUCUCUGUGCCUGUGUUCUUGCCAUCAUCUCCCUAGCACAGAUUUCUACUGCACACAGAAAGGAGUAGUAUCUUUCCUUCUGUAUAGAAGGCCACUUGGUUUCCUGUUCCUUUUCUCAGUACCUGUUAUUGCUUUUUCAGUUUUUCUUUAAUCCUGUGGGACACAUUCUAGAAGUGUCUUAGUUGAUGAAAGAAUCCUCUGUAUAAGGCAGUCAAGAUGGUAAACAAGUUAUUUUUCAAACAAAGCAAUCUAGUAGCUAGGAGGUACUGAAGUAUUCAAUACUUCAGUGGAUUUUGAAAACAUUUCUACCAGCUUUCUUUAAAGUUAGUUCAUGUGCCUCAAGUAAAGUCCUCUUGGCUAUAGUGAAGUGUUUUUUUAAUUUUCUCUCUAAAGCCCACAGUAAUACUAAUGCAGAUGCAGAUUACUCGGCAGUAACGAGGUAUUACUCUGUGCUGCCCAGGAUGCCCUUUAGAGGAAGCCCGACCCUGCAGUGAUAUCCUAGGUCUGCAGCAGCUCACUGGCACGUCCACUAUUCAUUGGUGUUGUGUGUAUUUGCAUAUUCUAUAUUUUUACAAAAAUAUAAGUUAUAUUACAUGAUCUGUGCCUAAUGUUUUCUUAGCACAAUUCAUAUAUCAAUGUUGUUUAAGGUAUCAACAUUGGAAAACAUAUAUAUGGACUAACUUUAAAGUGGAAAUACUUUUGUGUCAUUGUUAUUCAGAUAUUUAUAUUAGAUGAAUCUGCAUUCUUAGAGUUGCUGGGAAUGUAGUAUACUUAUAAAAGCAGUUUAGAUAUGUCAGUAUUUUGUUUUAUAAUGGUCUGUUUUCAAAUGCAGGGAUGAAGUUAUUUUUUAGUGUGCUGAGUGUAAUAAUAAGUUGGGGAAUUAGGUUCAGCUGUAGUAAAGUGGAUGUGAGCAGAGCAGCUUAUGUUCUUACCCUAAAUUCUUGACUGGAAGAGGUUUGAAACUUUCUACCACACUACUGAGAAUUUUUCUUCCUAUCACUUCAGACUUUUGUAUUUUAUGAAAAGUAUUUAAUGAAGCGUGCCUAUGACUCUUGACACAGAAGCCAACCAUAUCUGCACACUGGUGUUUUGACUUCAGAAGUCUGUUAAAGAAGUGUUGUCACUUUAUUAAGGUUGUUCUGAACCCCUGUAUAUUUUUUAAAUAUGUAAGAAAGGUUUAAAAUAAAUAAUAAAAUAGUAUUCUAUAUAU